CAACUUUAAUGCUCUCAUCAUCAAGUCACCCAACCUUAGGAGAUCUUCAUUUAAUAUUCACUACAAUUAAAAGAUCUCUCGAAGAAAUUAUCAAUAAUAUAGUCGAAGAGACUACACCAAAACUUGUUGCAACAGCCAUAGUAAUUAAACUUGACGAGUAUUGGCAAAAAUUGGAUCAAUCAUCCUUUAUGAUUGCUCCACUCAAUCCAAACAUUAAGCUUUUGUUAUAUGAUGCAAAAAAACAACAUAAAGCUCAACAAUAUAUAGAAAAUAUCUAUUCAAAAUAUAUUACCUCUAAUGCCAGUUCAUCAUUCCAAACAGAUACUUUACAAUUAACUUCAUACAAUUAUUUCAAAAAGGCCCUUAAGCGUUCAUCUGAUUCUCCUGGAGUAACAAGUGAACUACGAAAUUAUCUUAUGUUAGCAGAAGUUGAUUGUGAAGUAUUAUCAUGGUAG